CGGGGCUCCGCCGGUCCUCCCAGCGCGGAGUGAAGUUUCCGGCUUCCGGUCUGCAGGGCUAAGAAAGGCCGCCGUUGCCCCGGCGCUGGGUCGGGCAUGAGGAAGCUGGGAGGCCGACCGGGAAGGUUAUCCAGGCACCAUACCGGCCCUUCGCCCUGCUUGACCUCCUGAAGGACAGGAAGCCAUGGUUUCCAAACGCGUCUUCAUCUGCAGCCUGGGCUCCAUCUAUUUAUCCCUCCUCUUCGUCUUUUUGCUCAUGGACGUCUACGCCCGGCCCGCCAACAGCUCCGUCCUCAAAGAGAAAGCGGCCGCCGACAAAGACGAAAACGAGAUCCUCCCUCCGGACCACCUGAACGGGGUCAAGAUGGAACUGGACGGACAUCUCAACAAAGAAUUUCACCAGGAGGUUUUCCUGGGCAAAGAGAUGGAGGAGUUUGACGAAGAUUCGGAACCGCGGAGAAACCGGAAGAAACUGGUGGUGAUCUUCUCAAAGGUCGACAUCAACCGCGACAAGAAAAUCAGCGCCAAGGAAAUGCAGCGCUGGAUCAUGGAGAAGACGGAAGAGCACUUCCAAGAGGCCGUGGAAGAAAACAAGAUGCAUUUCCGGGCCGUGGACCCUGAUGGCGAUGGCCACGUGUCCUGGGAUGAAUAUAAAAUCAAGUUCCUGGCGAGCAAAGGCAUGAACGAGAAAGAGGUGGCGGAAAAGAUUAAGAACAACGAAGAGCUGAAGAUCGACGAAGAGACCCAGGAAGUCCUCGAUAAUUUGAAAGACCGCUGGUAUCAAGCCGACAACCCUCCAGCCGAUCUGUUGCUGAAUGAGGAAGAAUUUUUGUCUUUCCUUCAUCCGGAGCACAGCAAGGGAAUGCUGGAAUUUAUGAUCAAGGAAAUCAUCCGGGAUUUGGAUCAGAACGGCGAUAAGAAGCUGACCCUUUCGGAGUUCAUUUCCUUGCCGGUUGGCACCGUUGAAAAUCAACAAGCCCAGGAUGUGGACGACGACUGGGUGAAAGACCGAAAGAAAGAAUUCGAAGAAGUCAUCGACGCCAACCAUGACGGUAUCGUUACCAUGGAAGAGCUGGAGGAGUACAUGGACCCCAUGAAUGAGUACAACGCCUUGAACGAAGCCAAGCAGAUGAUCGCCGUAGCGGAUGAGAACCAAAACCACCACCUGGAACUGGAGGAGAUCUUAAAAUACAGCGAGUAUUUCACCGGCAGCAAGCUGAUGGAUUAUGCGCGGAACGUCCAUGAGGAAUUCUGAAGGCGCGCUGGAGCCCUUUUGGGCGCACUGUCGCGCCGCCUCGUUUCCCCAAACACGACACGCGUUUCCUUUUUGCCGCUGGGUCUGUGUUCUGUGCAUAUACAGUUGUGGUGGUUUUUCUGGACUUUUUCGCUUUCAAAAGCCCGUCUGCGUACAUUAAAAGCCAAAUGUUUUUUUUUUUUUCCUGAACUCACCAGGAUGAAAAUCUGGACACGUUUCUUGAUUUGCGGUGCCGGCUGAACAGCGUUGAAGAUCUCACGAUCUGAUUCUUUUUUUCUUUUUUUUUUUAAUAUCGGGAAAAAACACUGCAGGGGAAGCCGGCAAAACCCUGAUCCUUGAUCACCGGGGAGGGAGGGAGAGAGAAAAGGGGACGUGUUUAAUUUUACAUCAAGUUAAAUCAUGGUGCGGUUGUGUAGCUCUUGUGAUUGCUUGAAAAAGAAUGUUUCGGAAAACAUCGAUUCACUGGAAACUGC